AUGGCUGACAUCUGGGCCGUUCCGCUGGCGCUGUCGAACUUCAACAUUGUGGUUGCGUUUCUGGGGGGGUUUAUAUCGCUGUUUGGGUUGGUGUCGUAUCUCUUGAAGGAGAAUUACUACUUGUCUGAAGCUCUUAUUUCUCUCCUGAUCGGGGUUGCUUUUGGACCUCAUGGAGCGAAUUUCAUUCGGCCGGAUGCAUAUACGGAAUGUCCGACGACUGGCAUCGCCGGCGCCGAAUGCAACGACAAGCGCCUGUCAGACAUCACGCUCAACUUCUCGCGGCUUGUCCUUGGUGUACAGCUAGUCAUUGCAGGCGUGCAGCUGCCGAGCAAGUAUCUCUGGAGAGAGCGCAAGUCCCUGGGGCUGCUGCUCGGCCCUGGCAUGGCUUUUAUGUGGCUUGCCACCAGUCUUCUUGUCUGGGCUUUCGCCGGGAUGCCAAGCUUCUUGCAUGCGCUGGCUGUUGGCGCCUGCGUCACACCCACAGAUCCUGUGCUGUCUGCCGUCAUUGUCAAGGGGAAGUUUGCUGAUCACAACAUCCCCAAGGAGCUGCAGAACCUCAUUGUUGCUGAAUCCGGUGCCAACGAUGGAUUGGGAUAUCCCUUUCUCUUCUUUGCCCUGUAUCUGAUCAAGUUUGUAGGCUCCGGCGCCACCUAUGGCGGAGCCGGAGAGGCCAUGGGGCUUUGGUUCACAUACACAUGGGCCUACACCAUCAUCUUGAGCAUCGUUUAUGGUGCGGUAGUGGGAUUGCUGGCCAAGUGGCUACUCCGCUGGGCUGUGAAGCUCAACUAUGUCGACCGCGAAAGCUUUCUCGUGUCCGCCAUAUCUUUGGCCUUGUUUGUGCUUGGAACUUGCGGGCUAGUUGGCACAGACGACGUUCUGGCGUGCUUCAUUGCCGGAAAUGCCUUUACAUGGGAUGACUGGUUUCGUCUCGAAACUCUGGAUGACUCUCUGCAGCCCACAAUCGACAUGCUUCUCAAUGUCACCGUCUUCCUGUGGUACGGAGCGUAUAUUCCCUGGACCGAGUUUCGGUACAACACCAUCAUCCCCAUUUAUAAACUCGUGCCUCUUGGCAUUUCGGUGCUGCUCGUGAGGCGUCUCCCGUGGAUCUUUGGCUUGCACAAAUGGAUCCACCAGAUCACGGAAACGCACCAGGCUCUUUUCGUUGGCUUCUUCGGCCCAAUUGGAGUCUCGGCGGUGUUCUAUCUCUUCAUCACCUUGGAGUUUAUUGAAAAAUUCAUGAGUGAUGAAGAAGGGAACCCAAGAAGCGACGUCAAGGAACUGGGCGCAAUGGUGAGAAUCGUGGUUUGGUUCUUGGUCGUUUGCAGCGUUGUUAUCCAUGGUUUGAGUAUUCCUCUAGGGAAGAUAGGAUAUCUGGCUCCACGACACAUCUCUCGUGUUUUAACCGAGACCACCAACCCCGACGGCAGCUUCUACUAUGGCUCGGCCGUCAAUACUGUGUCCCGAUGCUAUGCAUGUGAGGAAAUGUCCCGACCCUUCGGGGCCUUCGGGGUCCUCAAGGCCCUCCUCAAGGCCCUCCUCCAGGCCCCCCUCCAGGCCCUCCUCCGUCGUCAACUCUCCGGGAGUCGUUGGGCCAAAGAGUGAGCCGCUUCACCGAGUGGAAAGUGGCGUUGUCAGCACUUUUGCCGGGCACCCUCUGGAUAGUGCCGGCACUUCGGAGCCUUCGAGGCCGGCCUCCACGCCCCCCUCCGGCGCCACCAAUCUGGGAGCCGUUGGAACAAACGGUGAGCCGCUUCACCGAGUGGAAAGUGACCGCUAGGGGACGGACAAUCCACUUCCUUGACGAAGUGGUGUUCAUUAAGCCCUUUGAGUAUGCAGUCCUGGGAUUGUUUGGUUCUUGUACGGGACUGGGUGAGCUGGCCCUCUAGAAGUCAAAAUUUGGCAUGGGUAUUUUGCCAAAAGUCAAUUAGAGUAAUCUUAAUUUUGGACUCAUUCUC